AUGUUCAUACGCCUAAGCCUUGCGGCGGACUUAGACGGUGCGUUAGAUAGAGUCUAUGUAUACCUCCUUUACGACCUUGACUGUACUGUUUGGGGCCCUGGAAAGGGCUAUAUUGCCACGGGCUGUAAAGGUCAGGUCCUAGAGGAUAAACGCUGCAACUUCAAUGAACUCAUCAACUUCAUUGAAUUUGGAACGGCUACGAAUUCGCCCGCUUAUUACGAACUUGACAAUAGCUUCAACUUCACGGUCGGCACAAUUGCACAGAUUGGUGAUGUCCUUCAUCAGAUCAAUAUAGCCUGGAAUGAGGACACAAGUGCGGACCGCAUCAUCAAAGGCCGUCAAACUUGGACUGGGUUGUGGAAUGACUUCAGCUACGCCACGAAGCGCACGUUCGAUAGGGCCGUGGAGUCAGGUCUUAAUAUUGAGCGCGACUCGGCAAACAUCAAGAUUGCCCUCGGCGAGCUCCUCAACGUACGCGUUGCACCACUAAAUAGCAAGAUAGCAACGCACCUCGCAGAACAGGUGCGCGAGGUCAAAUUUCGCUACAUAGAUCGCAAGAAUUCUUUCGGCCAAUGGACGGAAAUUGAUUGGGAUGAAACCAUCCGGCAGAAUCCAGCGCUUAUGGAUCCCAAGACCGAUAUGUACAAGCUACUCACCAAGACGAUGAAAAACUAUUUUACUUUGCCAGAGAAUACUCAGGCACUGACGGUCAACACUAAGGCCGGGCAGUCUCUCCGGCCUUGCUAUGCUUAA